AUGGACGAGGGGGCUGAAAAAAGGCUGCUCCAGAGCGGAGAUUCAUGCUCGCUAGAGCCGCCGCCAUAUCAGGUCCCGGCGUAUCCCAGGCAAUCACGUCGGCGACGGCGGCUGUUUAUGAGGAGCGUCUUAUCCAUCAAGACAGGGCUAAGCUUUGUGGUGGCCGCGUCCGUGCUCUGGCUGUGCUUUGCGGUUGAUCGCCAGUAUCGAACCCAGUCGCGAGAAGAUGGCAAGGCCUCGCCAAGGCUGCUGCAGCAGUUUGAAGAGUCAUUGGCCCAGUGCCGCGGACUGGAUAGGGUGCCCGGCCGGCCUGAGCCUGGCUCCAGAAAGAGCAAUCCGCGGUGGUCGCAAACCAAUGGCCAGGCCGGAGUUGUUAUUCUGAAGAAUGCGACGCUGUUCGACGGCGAGGCUUUCAUUCCUUACGCCGUGGACAUUGUCUUUUCCAAGGGUAUCAUUGAAGCUAUUCACAAGACUGCGGACAACCUCAAGGUCGUUUCGAAUGAUGACGUCGUGGAGUACAAUGUUCAAGGUCGUCAUGUCACCCCUGGCCUCGUGGAUAUGCAUUCUCAUCACUUCCUCAUGACCUGGCCUGCUGCUGAGAUGACUGAUGACACAAAUGAGGUCAAUCCUGAUACCAAAGCAUUCACCCCAAGUGUGCGUGCGAUUGAUGCUCUAAAAGCCUAUGACGAGGCCGCCACGCUGAUUCUAUCAGGCGGUGUCACGUCUUCGCUCCUCAUUCCAGGUUCGGCAAACCUCAUUGCUGGCGAGGGAGUGCCCGUCAAGAAUUCACUCUACUCUGGAGAGCAUUCCGAGCCCGUCGUCGAAGACAUCCUCCUUGAGAGGGGAAUCCCUGCAGACGAGCGCCGUCGGUAUAUGAAGUUUGCAUUUGGCGAAAACCCAAAGCGUACUUAUGGCUAUACUCGGCUUGGCAAUGCCUGGCACUUGCGGGAGCAUUUGCAAAAAGCCAAGGAACUCAAGGAAAAGCAGGAUGAUUACUGCUCUGCUGUCCUCGAGGCUCACAGCUGGCGUGAAAGCCGCAAGGCUGGCUUCGUCCAUCAUCAUGGCAAGUUUCCGUUUCAACUGGACCUCGAAUCAACAGUGGCUAUUCUUCGAGGACGGGUGAUUGUGCAGAACCAUAACUAUGAGCCGGAGGAUCUGGAGACUAUGCUUCGGAUCAGCCAUGAGUUUGGCUAUAGAGUCUCUGGGUUCCAUCAUGCGACCGAGGCCUGGAAAGUGCCCAACCUGCUCAAGGAGCAGGGCGACAACGUUACUGUUGCGAUAUUUGCAGAGUUCAGUCUGUACAAGUCAGAGGCAUACUCUCCAAGCCUAUACGCAGGACACAUCUUGGAUAAAAACGGCAUCCCUGUGGCGUACAAGUCUGAUCAUGCUAUUGGCUUGACGAAUGCCAAGUAUCUGGCUUCUCAGGCAGCCAUCGGACACGCCUUCAAGCUUCCAGAGGAAAAGGCUCUUCAGUCAAUCACUUCCGUGCCUGCAAAAGCAAUCGAUCUUGAUUUCCGCGUUGGAUACUGCAGGCCUGGCUUCGAUGCAGACAUUGUUGUGUGGGAUUCUCACCCUCUGUCAAUCGGCGCAACACCUCUACAGGUUUUCAUUGAUGGACGAGCCCAGUUGGACGAAUCUCAAGUCAAAGAAAGCAUGGACACGAGUUUUACUGCGGCUCGUGCCGAAGAUUCAAACGUCUCUUUUGAGCCACAGAUGCGAUAUGAGGUCUCGGAUGCGCAAAGAGAACAGACAUGCUCGCAAGCAUACGAGGCAGGCCAGAGCUUUGUAAUUGAUGGUAUUCAAAAGGCAUUUGUUGACAACUAUCCGGAGCUGGCGGCUUCAGCGGCACAGGCUGACAAUGAGCCUCUCAAGCUUGUCGUCGAGGAUGGGGAGAUUUCAUGUUUCGGCGCGGCAGCUUCAUGCACAGAAGCAGAAAACAAGUUCAAGACAAAUGGAAACAAGGUCCUCCACCUCUCUCUGCAGAAUGGCCAUGUCUUGCCAGGAUUAACAGCCGUCACCAGAGCUUUGGGUAUGACUGAAAUUGCCACGGACGAAAGCACAGGCGACGGGCAAGCCUCGAGUCAGAAAAUCGGAGAUCCUGAGAGCUUGGUCUAUGCCAAAUACGGGCUUUGGCUUGACGGAAAGGAAUUUGCGAGGGCGCGUCUGGGAGGAGUAACCAGAGCCAUCUCGCUCCCGACAGCAGAUGCGUCUGGGUUUGUCCAGGGCGUCAGCGUGGAGUUUCUCACGAGCGGCAAGAAGAGUCUUACGAACGGGGCUAUUGUUCGGGGAGACGUGGCUCUUCAUUUGGCCCUUGGUGACAUCACGAAGCAGUCGGAGGGCACGGUCAGCAGUGGAGUGCAACAUCUUCGUAAGAUGUUAGAGGAUGGGAAGGGCAAGCAUAAUGGAACCAUGUAUGGGCGAGUGGCGGCUGGAGAGCUGCCGCUCGUUGUACACUGCAACAACAAGUAUGACAUGUCUCAGUUGAUUCUCAUCAAAAAGGACUUUCCCGACACCAAUCUUGUGAUUUUGGGUGGCAAGGAAGCACCAUACGUGGCCGAUGAUCUUGCUGCUGCGAACAUCAGCGUGAUUCUAUCAGAGAACAGGGCCGCUCCCGAUGUUUUCCGCGACAGUGAUGCGGUGGUUGGACCUCCUCUCACCAGAAGCGUCGCCAGUUAUCUCAAGGAAGCUGGUGUCACAUUUGCCUUGGCGAUUUUCGAGACUGCAAUGCCAGCAGACUAUCGCAUUCACGACCUCGGCCCGGAAGCCGGCUGGGCAGCCAAGUACGCUCACAUCAGCCAGGAAGACAGCGUGCGGCUUGUUACCUCCAAUGUCGAGUCGAUUCUGGGGCUUGACAAGAGUAGGGAUCUGGUUGUGUUUGAGGGCAAUCCGCUCAGUUACGGAGCGUCUGUUGUGCUUUCGUUUCAUGCCAAUGGGGAGACUGGCAAGCUUGAGGUUGCUACUUGUUUUCCUAGGGAGGAUGAGCACGGAAGCAGUUUGUGAUGGGGGGAUGUUUUAAUUCUGUUGCUUUAUAUUCUAUACAAGGGAUCGUUUAAAUAAAGAUGCUGUUUUCGCUG